CAAUUACAAGUUUGUCUUUCGUUAUUCUAGAUAACCGACACGAAAUAACUUGCGAGCAACUCAGUUGGUUCUUGUUCUGUCUGUGAAAGACAAUCUCCAGUGGUUAUAACACAGCUAUCAUCGCACUUGACAAUAUUACAAACCGAACACAAAGUUGACGCCUGAGUUCGCCAUGAAGAAUAACUUGGUGUUGGUGACACUAAGCGUCCUUGCGUCACUGUUUGUUUUUUACACCCUAGUUCUUCUGUCAUCAUGGAAGUUGAUUCCGCGUUUAAAUCCAUAUACGAAUAUCGGUCCGGCAAAAAGGCAAACGAUUUUGCAGGGAUUUGACAAAGAACCACCACAACAACCAAAAACAGAAACAAAAAAAUUAUUCACCAAGCUUGAUAUCAAGAAAUCAACUAAACCAUCUGUUGAAACUAAGACACUCCACAAGAGGACUCCACGAUCUAAUCUCAUUAUAUUGAGCCCAGGCAGAGGAGGAUCUUCAUUCUUAGGAGGAGUAUUUGAUGCUAAUCCUGAUAUCAUGUAUUGGUUUGAGCCGCUACACACUUUAUCCCGCGGCAUAUAUGAACUCCAUUUGUACAAAGACAAAGAGAGAAAAAUUCAGUACAGCAAAACUGCUAUCAACCUAAUCAAUAGCUUUUUCAACUGCAGUUUCACUCAGAUCCCUAAAGACAUUAUGUCUGCAUUAUCUAAGAGCAUAUUUCGGAUGCGAAGUACGUCACUGAGCAGUAGGCAUUUGUGUCCUACAAAAAACAAAACGAAAAAAUGUCUACCUUACUCAGUGAAACUACUUGGAAAUGUUUGUAACUCUUCCAGACAUACUGUUCUCAAGAUCUUGACGUCCCGUUUGCCGAAAAAUACACUUGAAAGUUUUCAAGGAAUUUUUCAGAAACAGAAAUAUAAAAUCAAACUUACUCACUUAGUACGGGAUCCUAGAGCUGUGAUUUAUUCUAUGCUUAAUUCAGUGCAAUGGAUAAAUAUAUCGAGCUUGUUAAAUCAAAGUUUUCAUGACGUUAUUAAUGGAGUUUGUAACUCCAUUGAAAAAAACAUAAAACUCGGUUUGUUUUCUCCCCCGUCAUGGCUAAAAAAUCGCUUUCAAGUGGUACGUUACGAAGAUUUUGUUGUUAAUACAACAAAAAUUGCUAAGGAUCUCUAUAAAUUUGCAGGAUUUGAUUGGUCGGUAAGUGUUGAUAAAUGGAUUGAAAAACAUCAGAAAAAACCGCACAAAAAUAAUGAAAGGGAUCCUUAUUCACUUUAUAGAAACGCUUCGCUGGUUAUGAACAAAUGGAAAAAAGCUCCACUGAGCUUAAUUACAGCAGUAGAACAAGUCUGUGGUAAUUUAAUGGACAUGCUUGGCUACGAAAGAAUGAUUAAAUCAGAAGAAAAAAACUCUAUUAAUCGAAGCUCACUUGUAAUAACCUGA